UCCACGUUCUACAGUUGCCUGGUUCAGACUACAAACUUUUCCUACAUUCCCUGGAAAGCUCGCGUUGAAAGCUGGCUAAGUCUACAGCUUCGAAUAUGGUAAGAUGACCACGCGAGAACCAGCAUUUGCUGGAUCUACUCGUCGUGCACUAGAACGAGUUGACCGCCCGCCGCCGAUAGCCGUUCGCUACUUCUAUACGUCGCCGCUCGCCAUAGACGAUCCGCUCUCCCCACUACCACCACCUUCGGCUUCAGCCACAGCUUCGUACAAAGUCGCGCCGCGCCCGUUUUCUCAGUUUGAUAAUGCUGCCCUUGACAAAGCCUGGAAAGAUAUUCGGCAGAAGCGAUUGAAGCUCGAUGAAAAAUGCAACAGCGAGAAGAGAUUGUCCAAGGACCUUGAUGUGCGAGCUCAAGAUGUUGGGCGUGGAAGUGCGACAAAUUCCUCGACCGCAGAGACAAAGAGACGAUCCAUUGUAGGCUCUGUCGGAUCCUGUGCAGCUCCUCCAAGUCCCAAAAAUCGUCCACAGAGAAUGCCAUCAACCGACCUCUUAUCCGCACAAGCGAGAUCAAGGGCGGGAACCCUAGACCAACGGCCCUCAGAUGGAAGUAGGCCAAGCUCCCUGCGCAAUCAGGAGAGCUCGGGCUUUGGUGCGGCUAUAGACACGUCUACCGUCACUGGGAACCCGUUCAUCAGGGCUCCUUCGAAGAAAGAUGUGGGAUCCUCGUCAAGGUCGCGCAGCACGUCGGUGCGGCCUCUUUCACAAAAGAUGGACAGCUACGACUGGUCAGACGGUGUCGACAUUGCUGCAAACGGAUCCUCCAGAGACCAGUCUACGAGACGCUCAGACACUGUGCAAAACAGGUCGACUGGACCCACCGCCAAAGUUCCCGUUGGUGUCUCAAGGUUACAUGAGGUCAUAAUUCCAGAUCUAAAAAUGGAGCCGAUCUAUUGGUCUCCUGUGAACGACGUGGCGUCUGUGGUUCGUGGGACGUGGUUCUACGCCGACAACAUGCUCCCGGUCGAAGUAGAUGUUGCAAACAUGUUGGAAGCGGGUUAUGUACAACUUCGAGCAUGGAGUCAGACGUGGAAGGAUGAACUUGAUAGUGCCGUUGAGGUUGGAGCGUUGGGCGAGAUGAAGAUCUUGCAUAAGCUGUGGCCCGAAAAGCCCAAGGUGCCGACCAGCCGGCCCAGCACCUCGAGAACACCUGAUACUGGCCAGGCUCUUGGGGCUAUUGAUGCACAAGAUCACGACCCUGAGAAAGAGCGAGAGGAAAUCGCAGCCAGCGCCGGAGACUUGAUUGAUAUUGCUGUUGGGUCCGAUGAGUUAGAUCAUAAAGCGGCUGGUUCGGCGCCGUACGGGAGAGACGGAACGACUCGAAAGUAUCUCAGCGCUGGCGUCAUAUACGCAAACGAAAAGGAAGCCUACAUUUUGCGCCAAUCCCUUCAGCCAUCUGAUUACUACGGACGUCGACCACUUGCCAAUUACAUUCGCAAAGGUCAUAAGAUUGGUCUUCGCGUUGUCCGUGGCUUCGACCAACAGGCGUGGGAUAAAUUACAUCCACCAAAGAAACAUACUGCCGGUACCAAAGCUCGAGAGGGCGUUUCUUCCGCAGCAUCAGGAAUCGAUCCUGAGCAAAGACAACAACAGGAUGCUACCUUAUCUGAAUCACUAAGGCCCCAUGUCACAGAUUUGGUGCUUGUAAUUCAUGGCAUAGGGCAGAAGCUGUCGGAACGGAUGGAGAGCUACCACUUCACACACGCGAUGAACACGUUCCGUAGAGACGUCAAUGUUGAACUUGGAUCAGAUGCCGUCAAAGCACAUCUCAGACCUGGAAUGGGAGGAAUCAUGGUGCUACCAGUUAACUGGCGGUUAACUUUAUCAUUUGAAGAAGGAGGCUAUCGACCGGAUGAUUUCGAAGAGGAUCCGGCCCUCAACGUCUUUACGUUAAAAGAUAUCACGCCAGAGACUCUUCCAAGUGUCCGCAAUAUUGUGUCUGACGUUAUGUUGGACAUUCCUUAUUAUCUUUCUGCCCAACACAGCAAAACCAUGCUUGAGGCAGUCAUUCGGGAGGCGAACAGGAUCUAUAGGCUGUGGUGCGCCAAUAACCCAGGUUUCUCAGAAUGGGGUCGAGUACAUCUUAUUGCACACUCACUUGGUAGUGUCAUGGCUCUCGAUGUACUUUCAAACCAGCCAACUCGUGUUUCAUCUGAUCUGAGCCAUAUACCCGUCGGACAACCAGAUGCCCUACCUACGGAUCACUUUCUCUUUAACACCCGUUCACUGUUCACGUGUGGUUCUCCGUCUGGGUUCUUCUUACUUCUGCGUAAAGGGUCAUUACUGCCACGGCGAGAUAGCGACAAGUCUGAUGCCUCCAGCACGCCUGGCGUUGCUGGCGAACAAGGUACAUAUGGUUGUUUGGCAGUGGACAACAUUUACAAUGUGGUGAACCCAUACGAUCCCGUUGCAUAUUGUCUCAAUGCAGCGGUAGACGUAGACUAUGCUGCUUCCCUUAAGCAAGCAUGGGUGCCCUCUUCGCAAGCAGGUUGGCUCAGCGUAUUUUCGCGUGCGUCUUCCAACCAGGCCCGUGCAGCUGAUGCCAAACCUGCACUCAUCGCACGACUUCCGUCUAACGUGGAACUCGAAACGCAUAAUUUCACACGUGAAGAGAUAGCUGAGAAGCGUGCGUAUCUACUCAAUGACAACGGACAAAUCGACUACUUUUUGAGAUACGGCGGUGGACCACUGGAGAUCCAGUAUCUGACCAUGCUGGGAGCGCACAGCAGCUAUUGGACCAGUAGGGAUUUCAUUCGGAUGAUUGUAGUGGAGGUCGGUCGGGUCCAAAGCAAGGAGGGUACUCUUGUAAGCAUGAGGGCACAAAAGAAGAAGAAGGUUGGCUAGUUGCGUGGUUGACUGGCAAACCGCUCAGAAGCUGUGGUUGAGCAUGCGCUGUAUUCAAUAUAGAUACCCUUAGAAAGCUGUCAAGGACACCUAAUAACGAAGUCAACUGAACUCGA